GACGGCAAGGGAGAUUCCUCCAACGGCAAUUCAAACGCCUAAGACCAAAUGUCGGCUUUCAGCGUUCGUUGAAGACGAGAUUUUUCUUUCUUGGGUGACGUCACUGACGUCACUGAGGCGACAUGGACGCCGGACAUGAAAAUAGCCGCGAAGGAAUAGAGACAUUGGAUCAUGAUUCAGUCACUACUUGCCUUUCUUCUGCAGUGCAUUAUAUGGUUUGUGAACUGGGAUUUGAGAUAGAAGCAAACUAUGCUGUUAGUAGGUUUAUGGCGGCCAAUGGUGAAAUAUAUUGGAAAACAAUCAUAGAAUGCUUACACUAUAGCAAGACAGAUUCUAGUGUGGAUUAUGUAAAAAGUGUGAGAUCUUUAGGACCUUUAUGUCAAUCUGUUCACUUGCACUUACAAUCCCUUACCACAGAACAAUUUAAAGACCAGUUUAUGAUGUGGUUCCAGUGGACGCACUGCUCUGAGAUAUUUCUUGAAAUGUUUAAUGUUUUAAAAUGUCCACAUGCUACAGCAAUUGAACUCAGUUUAAUGAAACUUAUGUCAUGUUUGGAACGAGCCUUGGGUGAUGUGUUCUUACUGAUUUGCAAAGAUUGUCCUUUUCUUCUAAGAGACCUGCUUGCAUCUUGGGAACUUUCCACAGUUUUUGGGCAAUCUGUGAUGGAUGUCCUGAAAGUGUUCAUUGGGUCUCCAGAUGGUCUAAAUCUUCGUAAUAUUUUGUGGCAUGGAUUUGCAUCCCCUCAAGAAAUUCCUGCAAAAUAUUCUUCUAUGCUGCUUUUUUUAACUAUAGGGUUGGGACAACUGCUAAAUAAUUACCUUCUGCAAACUCAGUCUGUUUUAGUCCAUCGACCUUAUGUAUCUUUCACAAAGCUAGAAGAGUUACGUGUCUUUCCAGACCUUAGAAAUGAACUGCUCUCUUUGGCUGAAGAAUUAGUAAUCAAAUCUAGUAUCAUAGUAAGAACUAUGCAGCCUUUCUGGAUUAUUGCACUAACUUCAUUCAGACAACACAGGUAUGCAGACUCUGUUAUAUUAUUACUUCCUCAGCUGGAAAAUGGACUUCGAUUACUUUUCACAACAGUUAACAAAUGUCCAAGCAGACUAAUCACAGCUGAGUCAUCUUCUCAGUAUACCACUUUUGAUGAGAUGUUAGCAAAACAAUUUAAUAAUGAAGAAGUCAACAAGCUUCCCUUAGUGCUUGGUGAAUCAGCAAUGGAAUUUCUUUGGGAUUUCUUGAAUCAUCAAGAAGGUCCACGUAUUAGAGAUCAUCUGAGCCAUGGUGAAAUCAACUUAAAUUAUUUCCCAAAAGAAAUAGGAAAUUCAUUACUUGCCUUUUCUAUUACACUUCUGGACAGAUUUUCCAAGGAUAAGAUUGCUGAUUCUAAGGAACAUGAAAUCCUAAAACCGUUAGUGAGCUGUGGAAAUAACUAUUGUUCUCAGUUCCAUCCAAUAGCCCAAUUUAAGAAACAGAUACUGAAGUAUGUGAAAAGUAUUAAUUUAUGGUCUGAUCUUCCUGAAGUGCCAAAUGAACAAGAAAUGACAGGGUCGGAAGAAGAUUCUGCAUCUGCUCCAUGUAUACUUGUGGUUGCUGAUAUUUUCUCUCUGGUACAAGUGUACCUGCCUCUGGAUGUCAGACUUCAAGGCAGUUCUCUGAACAAUCUUAUAACAGAAAAGUUAAUGAUUAAACUCUGCAGCAAGCCUAUUCGCAUCCUUUUCUGCUCUCGGUCCGUUCUAGAAAUCACUGUGGUGCUUCGUCAGAUAGGGUUACAGUGCCACCAAGUGUCAUGUCAAGUCAUUUCUACUUGUGAAACCAGAUGUAAACAGUGGAUAAACAAGUCACUACGAUCACGUCAGAGACACAAUUAUCUGCGCCUGAAAAGGAGCAUUAAAUAUCUAUCUCCAGUUUUGCAACUGAUUUUAAUCCUGAUUACUCUGGAGUUGAUCAAUAUUCAUACUGUGUGUAACAAAAAUUCUUCUGAAUAUCAGCAGUACCUCAAGUUUCUAAAGUUGAUCUUGCAGUAUACAGAGAACUUAGUGACCUACACGAGCCCAGAAAAGAAUAAAUGGGAUGAAACUAUGGCGCUUACAGACAAAGCUUUAAUAAAAAUAAGAACUUUCUUGGAGAAACAGCAAAUGCUUGUGCAGUUAGCUAAGUAAAGAAUAUUACCCUCAUCAAACCAUACUGAUUAGGUACAGUGGACAUUUCAGAUCCUUUUUUCUGAAGUGCUUGCCUGAUAGGAACUGCUUGUAUGAAUGUGGACCACAUAGGUAUGUUACUGAUGGAGAUUUUCCCCUCCCAUUGAGAAGCAUAACCACAUUUUGGUGGGGAAAAUGUAACCUGUGAUCAAAGAAGCACUGAAAACGAGCCUGUGGAGCUUUUUCACAGUGAGGAAAUUGCUUGAAUUAUAUUUUAUUUUAUUUUAUUUUAUAAUACAUGUAUUCGGACUUGGAAGUGUUUUUUUAAAACUUUAUUUAAAUACAGAGCAUAAAAGAAACAACAAUACAUAAAAAUAUAUCAAUACCUCUUAAAACACCAACAUAUCAUAGUUAUGUUUAGUAUAUGUUGUUACACACUGUAUAGUUAAUUGAUACAUUCUCAGUUUACAUCCAUGGUUCCUAUGUUUCUAAUUUUAAUAAGAUCUGUAUAAAUCUGUUGGAAGUGUUCAUUAGGUUAAAAGCAAUCAAGUUCUCUAUUCACAAGUAUAUUGAUUUGUAGUUCUUUUCAUUUUGUCUUUGUUUCCCAUAAAUAUGAUGGUGUGGUACCAUCUCAGGUUGAUGUGCCAUCCAUUAUCCCUCAAAGUCUAGUGGUUCUCUUAAGCAUUGUUCUUUUGAACUUAUUAGGUCUUGUUUCCAGUCUUAAAUGAUGUAUGUGGAAGUAAAUUUAAUUGAUUAGUUGGA